ACAGGAGAGGUAUAAAAGCCUAAAGGGAGAAGCUCUAAGAUUAGUCUUCACAGAAAGAGGAGGACUCUCCAUUCCUUAAGGCGUCCAGGAGCUAAACGCAUCAUGACGGGUGCAAAGCUCUGCCUUUUGCUGCUUCUGGGCACAUACACAGUGGCCCAGCAAGAUGUGGGAAGUGUUGAUGAACCAUCACCACUUUGCUUUCUGGCCAAAAGAUACAAGAACUUCCAACGAUUUGUGUACAACUAUGAAGCCGAGAGUAUUAACGGUGUGAAUGGAGCCACGGACAACAAGAGCGGCCCCAAAAUCUCCUGCAAAGUUGAGGUUGAUGUGCCCCAGACCUGUAGCUUCAUCCUCCGCACAACAGAGUGUUCUCUGAGUGAGAUCUCUGGCAUGGACGCAGAGGGGAACCCACUGUACAUUGCUGCUGCCGGAGCUGAGGCCUUCAGAGCUGCCAUGGCCAAGAACACUCUGAAGAUCACGGUCGAAGGACGGGCUGAUGUUAAUCUCUACCCUGAGGAUGAUGAGCCUGUCAACAUCCUCAACGUGAAGAGGGGAAUCGUCUCUGCGCUCAUCGUUCCUGAAAUGGAACAGGAGAAGAACAGUGAAAUGCCCACCGUCCACGGACUUUGCCCCACCGACUUCACCAUCAACUCCAGAGAGGUCAUCGCUACCGAUGUGACCGUCAGAAGGGAUCUGUCCAGGUGUGACGCGUUCAGUGCCCGCAGGCAGUACACCAGUCCUGUGGCCCUCAUCACUGGCAUGAACUUGCCUCUGUCCAAGAUGAUCAGCAGCACUCAGACAUGUAACUACAGGUUUGACAACCAGAAGAAGCACAUGACCAGUGGAACCUGCACAGAGAAACACAUCUUCCUGCCAUUCUCUCACAAGAAUGAAUAUGGAAUCUCUGCCAUGGUGAAGCAGACUGUGACUCUCAUGGAGACCGACAAGAUCAACGACAGAGUCUUUGACCGAAAUGAUGACAACCUGAAGAACCUGGCCAUGGAUGUUGUUGACGUCAAGUCUCCUGUGCAGACAAGGGAUGCCGUCAUUGCCACAAUGCAGAAGCUGAAUGCCCUAUCAUCGACCACUCAGGGCGAGGAGCGUGCCGGCCUCUUCAACAAGCUGGUGUCCGAGGUCCGUGGCCUGAAGACUGAUGUCCUGGAUCCUGUUUCCGUCGAGAUGAUGGACAUUUCCAUCCCUCUGACAUUCCAAGCUCUGGUUCAGUGUGGUACCCCAGAAUGCACCAGUGCCCUUCUGACAACUCUCAGGAUCUUUGAUGAUUCUGUUCUUGAGGUUGAUGCUGUUGUCUACGCCCUGGGACUGCUGUCUAACCCAUCUCGCCUGAUGGUGAAAGACUUGCUGGAGAUGGCUCGUUACAAGCAGAGCAAACCAAUCAUGUAUGCACUGAGCAUUGCAGUCAAGAAACUGUACCAGGCUGAGGGUGUCACCCCUGAGAUCACUGCUGUCUAUGAGUAUAUGACUACCCUUCUUGGUGCAGACUGUGCUGGAGACAAAGACCUAACCUUUUUGACCCUAAGGGUUGUUGGUAACAUGGGAGAAGCAAUGGAGGCUGCUGGCCCUGCUAUUAAAACCACCCUGCUGAAGUGCAUGAGACAGCCUGCAACAACUCUGGCUGUGCAGCUGGCAUCCAUCCAGGCUUUCAGGCGCAUGUCGGUGACAGAUGAGGUUCGCUCCAACCUGCAGAGGGUUAGCCAGUACCCCAAGGGUGCUGUGCAGAAGCGCCUGGCAGCUUAUCUGAUUCUUAUGAGGGAUCCCAAAGACAGUGACAUUGAGAUGGUAAAGAAGCUGAUUAAGCAGGAGCAGAACGAGCAGGUCAAGGCUUUCGUGACCUCCCACGUCUACAACAUCAUCUCCUCAUCUGAUUCAGAGACCCAAAAGCUCGGCAAGAAAAUCAUGGCCGCCCUGGAGGACACUGAUGUUGACACACACGACGACUACACCACAAAGUCUCGCAACUACAAGCUGGGCGUGGCACAUGAGAAGAUUGGGGCCAGCGUUCAGGGCAACAUCAUUUUUGACCCCAGUAGCCAGCUGCCGAGGGAAGUUUUGCUGGAAAGUACCCUAAAAGCUUUUGGCUUCAGCAUGGAUAUGUGGGAGGUUGGCAUGGAAGGAAAGGGCUUUGAGCCAACCAUUGAGGCCUUGUUUGGAAAGAAUGGCUUCUUCCCUGACACUCUCUCUAAGACUCUGUAUUGGACUGAGGACAAGAUGCCUCCCAAGGUCAAAGAAGUUCUGGAGAAAUGGGUUGCUCCCCUGAAGUCAGCUGGACAAAAGGUUCCUGAAAAUCUUGUGAGAGAGAUCCUCCUCAACUUUAACAAGCUGGUAAAAGAUCUGCAGAGCCAAGAGACCCCAGAGGCCAUGGCCUACCUGAGGAUCAUGGGAGCUGAGCUUGGCUACAUUAAGACCAGUGACCUGGAGGAAAUUGCUUGGAAUACAGCAAUCUAUACCGACAUUUUCAUGAGCAUCCUGCCUAUGAAGGCCGUGGCUAACCUGAUGUCGAGCACUCAGAAUGAGAUUUUUGCUCAUUACAUCUUCAUGGACAACAAAUUCAUCAUGCCAACAGCAUCCGGUUUGCCUCUGACAUUUGCUCUGUCUGGCACCUUCACUCCUGGUGCAAAGGGAGGCUUCAGCCUCACUCCAAACUUGAAGGAGCUGGUUUUCAUGCCCUCUGUUGGAGUUGAAUUCAUGACUCAGAUGGGUGUCCAUAUGCCUGAAUUUGUUGCCUCUGCUGUUGAGAUGCGUACCAACAUGUACCACGAGAGCGCCCUCAAUGCCAAAAUCACCGUCGAGCAGAACCAGGUCAAGCUUUCCAUCCCGGCUCCUACGGGCACCACAAAGCUCUUCACCAUCAGCAAUGAAGUGCUGAUUGUGGGUGCUGGACAGGCCAUGAAAAUCUCACACACAGAUGGUGAAUCAGACUGCAGGCCUCUCUUCUCUGGAGUCACAUACUGCACCGAAAUUCUUCGGGCCAACACCGGUGACAGGACAACUGUUCCCUACUUCCCAUUGAAUGGAGAGACUAAGUUUACUGCAGUCAUCAAGCCUACUAAAGAGGUCUCUGAGUACACAGCCACCAUCGCUUACAAACUCCUCAGUGAAGGAAAAGACGGCCGCCAGAAGGUUGACUCUGUGAAGAUGACCCUGAAAGCUGAAGGUGCUCAGUCUACUGAGGCUACAGCCACCAUGAAAUACAACAGGAACAGGAACGUCUUCACCACCCAGGUCCUGAUACCUGACUUUGAUGUUGAGGCGGGCGUUAAGCUUGGUUUGACCGACAGCAAUGCCAGAGGAAAGUCCAUCACCCUCGAGAUUUCCAACAAGAACGUGCCCCAGCUCUCUCUGAUUGGCCGCGCCAAGGUUCAGGCUAUGACUGAUGGCAUGCUGCAGGUUCAGCUGUUAGUCCCAUCUCUCAAGACUGAUGCCUCCGUCACUGCUACCAUGAGCAAAACUGAAGAACUUACCAUGGAGAUCAGAAGUUCUGUUAAGGCCAUGGACAUCUCCUCCAUCCAGGCAGUCACCUUGAAAUAUGGUGAAAACCAGGCUGAGGUUAAGCUGAUGUCCAAUAUGAACGCCGACACUAAAUCGUCGCUGUUUUACACCGAAAUGCUCCAGGACUGGUUGAAACAAUUUGCAGAUGAUGUCAUGGAACAGAAGGUUGUCAAUUCUGACAUGAAACUGCGUCACAUUGUCACCAAGGGAAUUGAGGCCAGCAACAUCUGGCUGGACAAGAUCUCAGCUGAUGUUCCCUAUGUUGAAAAUCUGAGGAACAGUAUUGCUGUGGUAGAGAUGCCAUCCAUCCCUGAAAACCUCUUCAUGAAUGUUGAAAGUGCAUUCAGAUACCAGUUCAACCAGAACCGUAUGACAAUCACUAUCCCUCUGCCACUUGGAGGCAAAUCAUCUGAGGAGCUGAGGAUACCUUCAGUGGUUACCUCCCCACGCAUUUCUGUGCCUCAGCUGGGUAUGGACUUUGCACCACAGGAGAUCCAAGUCCCAACUUUUACCCUUCCCUCUGAGUAUGAGCUCACCAUGCCUCUGAUGGGAAUGAUGGAAAUGGCUGCCAAGGUCAACAGCAACUAUUACAACUGGGAGGGAACAGUGUCUGCUGGCAACAGCAGUGCAGAGUCUCCGACUUACGAGGCCGGGUUCAGUGUCAUGGCUGACAGUCCCAUCAAACUUCUGUCCUUCUCAGCUGAGGGAUCUUCCAAAAUCACAGACACAAAUGCAAAAACUAUGGCAAUCACCCUUGAUGGUUCCCUGAAGCACAUGUUCAUCAACACAGGUUUUAAAGUGCUGGAAACCAUUGCUGUCACAGAUAGUGUGCUCUCAACAGGGCAGUAUAAUGUGUAUGCCAUGGCCCCAGUGGGUCUGGACACCUCUCUUACUAUCACCACCCAGCUCACCCUGGACUCAAGCAGGCUGGCUGGAGAUGUAAACACAGAUGGAAGAGUGACUGUUGGGCCCAUGACCGCUUCCACCACCUAUUACCACGCCUUUUCUGUUGAGCCAGCAAAGAAAGAAGCAAAACUGGAAAGUUCACUGAGGAUGAACUCUGAAAUCCUGAAGUUUGUAAGCAUGAUGAAGGCGUCAUAUGCAAACGAAGAACUUCUGAUUGAGUCUUCCGCCGACCUGAACAGCGAGAUCAUGAAGCACACCUCUAAAAUGAACCUUAACUACAGGGAUGUCAAGCUUACAAUGCUGUGUGACUCCGUGACCAAGGCCGAAAGAAGAAUGCUUCAUAGCCAGGUUGAGUUUUCUGCCUUUGGAGGACAGGCCACCCUCAGAAUUGAGAAUACAGCCGAUGACACAGAGAACCGUUUCUACUCUUUGCUUACUGGAUCCAUGAGCCCUUCUGGCAUGGAGAUCAAUACUGAUGCCUCCAUGAAGAUCCUUUCAAGCAUUGCUUCCCACAAGGCAACCUUGGCCCUGAAUAUGAAUGGCCUGACCACCACCUGCACAACAACUGCUCAGCACAGCCCACUCACAUUUGAGAAUGUUUUCCAUGCCGGACUUGAAACCUCUGGUGCCACCGUGUCUAUCACAACAAAGGGAUCCAUUAAAGAGAACAAAGCUGAACUCAAUGUUGAGGGGAAGGUUGCGAGCACAGAAAUCUAUCUGAACAGCAUGUUUAAGGGUAACCUCUUUGACAUCAACAGCAGGAAUAGAGUAAACUUCAGACUGAACGAAGAUGGCUUGGUUCUCUCUAACAACUUGGUUGGAUCUUUCAAUGAGAUGAGGACCGAUAAUACCCAUUCACUGUCUCUUACACUGAAAUCUUUUACCCUCCAGUCCAAGACUGACAAUUUCCUUGACAACAGCAACUCCUACAUGCACGACAUCACAGUCAACAUGGAGCGUUUCACUGCCUCAGCUAUUGUGAAAAAUGACCUGAAGAUAAUGGAAGUCAACUUUGUGAAUGAUGCUCAGUUCAAGGCGGAGCCCUACAGCAUGAUGCUGACUGGAACCAUGAUGGGAGUCUUCUCAGAGGAAGAGCUCAAGCAGACUUAUGAAAUCAAGUUUGCUGACAUGGUCCUGUCUGCAAAGUGCAACACCAACGGCAAGCUCCUUGGAUCUCACAUGUCACACGCUACUGAUAUGGAGGUUUCUGGUCUGACCCUGAAGUUCAACAACAUUGCUAACUUCAACUCACGUGCUCUUCGCCUGGACAGCACUGUCAAAACUGUUGCUGCUCCCUUCAUGCUGACCAUUGAAGCCAUUUUCAAUUCAAACGGUGGUGUGAAUGUAUAUGGACACCAGAGUGGUGAACUGUACAGCACAUUCCUCCUGAAGGCAGAACCCAUGCUGUUAACACAUUCAUUUGAGUGCAGAGCCUCAACCUCACAUGAACUGCAGGGCAGGUCCACCAUCAAAACCAACAUGGACAACGCGUUCAGCAGCCUGCUGAGCCUCCAAGAGCAGAGUGUCACAGCGAAGAUGAUAUCUAAUUUAAAUGAGCACACUUUUAAUCAAGAAAUUAGUGCCUAUAACAAUGCAGAGAGAAUGGGAGUUGAAAUGAAAGGAGAAAUCUCAACCCCCUUCUUCAGCGAGGCUGGUGAAAAUUAUGCCAUCUCUGGAUUUGUGAAGUAUGACAAGAACAGUGACAGCCACUUCAUCCAAAUCCCAUUCAUUGAGUAUCUGCCAGAAGUGAUUGAAAACAUGAAGACCACAGUGAUGAGGCUGAUGGAUGACAGCAUUGAAAUGUUGAAAGACGUCAACACCAGGUAUCAGAUCAGUGCCAAAAUUCAGAUGAAAUUGACAGAACUGAAGGACGUCAUUGAAAAUUUUGACUUGAACCUCUUCAUCCAAGAUCUGAAAAAGUUCUUCAAUACAAUGGAAAAUUACAUGGUUGACCUGACAGCCAAGUUCCCAACUGACAAAGUUAUGAAUCUCCUGAAAUCGAUCAAGGACACUGUCAUGGCUUGGAUCAAGAAAUACAACAUUACUAACAGGUUCAAUGUGCUUUACACCAAAGUAGAAGAGAUCCUGUCCAGCUAUGAGGUUGAAAAAUUGAUUGGCGCCAUCAUGGAUGAGCUUGUUAAAAUUAUGAAGCAGUAUCAGGUGAGGGAAAAGAUUCAACUUGCAUUUGAUGCCCUCAGGUCAAUUGACAUCCAGCCACUGAUGAAAAAGGCUAUGAUGCCUGUUCAAGAGCUUAUGAAUGAGCUAUAUUCCUUUGACUUCAAACAACUGAUUGAUGAUAUGAGUGACUACUUCAUGAGAAUGGUCCAAAAGAUCAGAUCUUUUGAUUAUGACACAUUCACUAGGGAGCUGAAAGAGAAAGUGGCUGAUAUGAGUAAGAUUCCCUGUUUUGGAAAACUUUAUGGUGAGUUCAGAGUUAACUCACCUCAUUACAAACUGCUGACUACUGCUGACCUGGAGAACACCACCACAACAUCGGUCACACCAGAGUUCAAAAUGAACCUCAACUCGCAGGGUACAUCUACUUUGAAAAUCCUUGACUUCACUGUUGAUGCCAGCGCACAUAUGGCUUUACCCAAGAUGAGACGCUUGUCCAUCUCUGAGAUCCUCAAGGUUGAUCAGUCAUACAUUACAAUUGACCACAAGGGAACAAUGACUCUCUAUGGACUGUCCGCUCAGGCUUCAGCUGAGACUACUGCAAAGGCCACAACUGAAAUGUAUGUUGCAGAGCUUGUCAACAAUGCAUUCUUUGCCAUGGAAAAUGGAGUUUCUGCCACGGUGGAGACUGCCUACAAGCAUGAUCUUAACAUGCCACCACUCCGCAUCAUCAGUGAAGCCAAGUUGAAUCAAAAGACAGUCUUUGUGGUUGAAGCUGGAACUGCCAGUCUGACCUUUAACAAUCUGGCCACUGAAAAAUAUACAGUCAAAGACUAUUCAGAUGAGGUAACCCACAAGAGUGACAUAGAGGUGGUUAUGGAUCUCCACACAGCAAAGAUGACCUUCGCUGGAGAAACAGGCUGCGGCUACUUUAAGAUGAAUCAAAAUGUGGUGGCCGAUAUGUGCAUUUUCCGUCAUGUAAUUAUUGAUGCUAAGUUUGAAACAGAUACACCUUUCAUCAAGGGCAGCGUUGCAGAAGUCAAGCUCCAAGCUAAAGUUGAAGACAUGAAAAUUGAUUUCACUGCCUCUCACAAUGCACAAUUGGCUGGUCGGGUUGAGGGAACUCUUUCUAGCUCUGCACUUGCUCUGGUCUCACCUAAGGAGCUUGUGUUUGAUACCAAGAACAAGGGAAAUGCCAACAUUCCCCUUCCAUUCAUGCUGCCUGGAAAGAUGGAUCUCCAGAAUGACAUUGCUUUUACCCUGAACUCUGAAGUGCAGCAAGCUAGCUGGACAGGUCUGGCAAAAUUCAAUGAAUAUAAAUACUCCCAUUAUUUCAGCAUGGAUAAUGGUGAAAGAGAGAUUAACAUCUUCUCCCAGAUCAAUGCAGAGACAAAUCUUGAUUUGCUGAAGGUGCCCAUCAACAUUCCUGAAAUACCUGUGCCAUUUGUUGACAUGAACACACCAAGAGUGAAAGACUUCACACUGUGGGAAGAUGCUGGCCUGGGCUACCUCCUGAAAACAACUGAGCAGACAUUAGACAUGCACUCCAAGCUGAAGUACAUUAAGAACACAGACAUGGUCACCAUUGACAUUAACAUGGAUCCAGUCAUCAAUGCCGUUAAUACCAACAUCAAGGCACUGCACAAGAAAGUGCUCAUCAGCAAGGACCAGGCUGCUGCCAUCCUCGCUGCAUCAUAUGACAAAGCAAAGGCAGAGUAUGAAAAGUACAGCAUUGAGUUGCCUAAAACCAUCACAGUCCCUGCCUACAAAGUUCCAGUGAUGGAUGUUGAGAUGUCUACAUUCACAAUUCCUCUACCUGAUUUCACUCUUGUCACAAUGCCUUCCAUGCGUGUUCCAUCUGCCCUCAGCAAGCUUACUCUUCCAAAAAUCACCCUGCCCAAAAUUCAGAGCAUCAAGAUCCCACUGAUGGGUGAUUUGACUUAUGAGUUCUCAAUGAAGACAGGAGUGGUCACACUGCAAACUGAUGCCAGCAUACUCAACAAGGACGGCAUAACCAUGAAGCUUGACGCUUUCUCAGACUCUGAAUUUGACAUUCUCAAAGGAAAGAUUGAAGGUAGCACAAACGUGAACACAGUGGAUGGACUCAAAAUGGCCUCCGUCCUGACCGUGAAAAAUUUGAUGCUAGAGGGAACCCAUGACAGCGCCAUCGUCUUGAGUUCAAAAAAUGUUGAUACCUCCAUCACCAAUUCAGGAAAGGUCCAUUUCCCUGCCCUGACCAUGGAAUUCAACCAGGAGCUUACUGGAAAUCCAGAGGAAGGCCUUAUUGUCUCCAUGUCCACUCCAUCUACCGGACUGAUUGCAGUACAGGUGCAGACUAAACAGCCAGCACAAGUGAAAGCAAGACUCUAUGGUCGUUACCCGUCUGAGCCAACAACCGACAUUGACAUUGCGGGUCUUAAGAUGUCUGUGAACUCUGAGAAGCUGAACCUUCAGACAACCUGGAAUACGGAGAUGCCAUACGAGAUGUUGCUGGGACUGAAGAACCAGGUGCCUGUCGUCAUGGAUAUUGCAUCUGUUCAAGCUACCGUAGCAUACAACGAAAUCAACAAACAGUCUAGAAAGCUUGACAGUUUCUUUGGGUGGGCUAAAAAGCAGGGUAAAGUGAUGUUGAAGAGAGCUGCUGACAACCUUGCAGCAGUAAAUCCUUCUGAUGUUAUGACAUCUUUCACAGAUAAGACCAUUUUAAUCCUCAGAGAGUACCAAAGGAAAGUUGAAAUUGUACUUGAUGCUGUUGUUAAAUUCCUGAGGGAGACCACAUACCAGCUCCCAGGCUAUGAGCAGAGGCUUUCUGGGCUUGAGGUCUAUCAGAAAUUCACUGCCUUUGUUGCUGACGUAUCUGAGGAGGCUGCUGAAAAAAUUCCACAGUACUUUGCUUUCAUGUUUGAAGGGGCCCUUAAUUAUUUCCAGGCCAUUCAGUUUACCCAUCCCGUCUCUGGCGAUAUUGUCACUGGAAAAGAAAUUCUUGAAAACUUGCUAGUAGCUUUGAGGAAAAUCCAGAGCCAAGUGAUUGAUACUGUGAGGAAUGUGCAGCUGGAGGAUAUCAUUAGGAAACUGUCAGGAUUCAUGCAGUUCACUGUAGAACAGUGUGAGAGGUUUCUCCAGAAUCUAAAAUCUGAGAAUGUCCAGAAGCUCUUUGCAUUUAUGACUGAUGUGUACAAUGAUGCCCUGAACUCUCGUGUCCUGGCUGACGUUGCUGAGCGGGCUGAAGUAGUCCAAAGAGCCGUAAUGAAAUAUCUGAAAUCUGUGCUAGCUAAACUCCAGAGCUUUGUAGCUGACAUGUCUAAUGAAGAGCUUAGAGCCGACAUACAGUCCAGGAUCGAUGGUAUGGUAAAACGCAUUAACAAAGUCCACAACAAUGUCACUAGGACCCUUAAGCAAAAAAGCAAAAACAUUGAACAAUAUGUGAGAGUCGGUGACAGACAGAUAGAAAUUGACAUUCCUCUGCCAUUUGUCUCCAGAUCCAACUACUGCCCGUGUAGCAGUUUCGAAUACUUCCCAGAUCCCCUCCUUGGUUUUAGCGGAGCACUCCAAAUAGUCAUAUGCGCCAAUGCGCAUGGCCAUGGCCCGGCCAUCCUCUGUUUUCACUGGCUCCAGCUUCAGCCGCGACAGCUCGUUCUUCACGUUCUCGUCGUUGCGCAGAUCCUUCUUGUUGGCCACUAGUAUGAUGGGCACAUUCGGACAGAAGUGUUUGACCUCAGGGACCCACUUUUCGUGGAUGUUUUCCAACGAGUCCGGGCUGUCCACGGAGAAGCACAUCAGAAUGACAUCGGUGUCCGGGUAGGAGAGUGGGCGCAGCCGGUCGUAGUCCUCCUGUCCGGCGGUGUCCCACAAAGCCAGCUGGACUUGCUUGUUUUCCACUUCUAUGUCCGCAACGUACGUCUCAAAAACGGUCGGAACAUACACCUCGGGAAACUCGUCUUUGCUGAACACAAUCAGUAGACAUGUCUUCCCGCAUGCGCCGUCCCCCACCACCACAAGUUUCUUUCGUAUGUCAGUCAUUCCUGCCUUUUCUCACCCGAAAUGAAGCAUCCAAACCACCGAGACGUGCUGCUAUCUCAAUCCGCUCCUUAUUAUGACCUAAAGGUAACUGGAGAGACUUGUCCCGCAAGCCGAUCCUUCCUCCCAAACCCAAAACCUUUACCGGUAUCCACGGCGAUCUCUAUUUGGCCUGACGGCGUGCAACAAGCACAGAGCCUCUCUCGACGCGACAAGGCGCUUUACCGUGGAAUGAGCGUUCCAUGCAGCAUCCUAGGUAUGAAUGACGUGGCCUGGCAGGAGACAAGAGGUGGGAUGCUGCAUGCAAAUGGUGCUCCCGAGACCGGGGGUGUCCGAGUUCAUGCUGGAGGGCCCCUGGCUUCAGUUGGAGGUGCUGGGCAAGCUCCUGGAGGACCACACUUGCAGGGCAUGGACAGGGGAGCUAACGCCACCCCGGGUACCCCACAGCCUCCGCUGAGUGGACGAUCUCAGGAUGACGCCACGGUUGGAUACUUCUUUCAGAGGCAGCCUGGAGAGCAGCUCGUGGGUUGCACCCCCAGCAAGCACCGCUGGCCAACUGGAGAUGCUAAUCAUGUUGAUCAGGUCCGUGCCGUGGAUGAAAUGAACUAUCAAUUUCAAGCUCUAGCUUUGGAGUCCAGGGGCAUGGGAGAGCUUUUGCCAGCUAAAAAGCUCUGGGAUUCUGAUGAGUUGGCCAAGGAUGGAAGGAAGGGGAUGCUUCUUGGAGAGGAGUGGAGGGACAAUGCGUGGGGACCGUCCCACCAUUCAGUGUCCCAGCCGAUCAUGGUGCAGCGGCGACCAGGCCCCGGUUUCCACGGGAACGGCGACGCCAACUCUGUGCUGUCACCUCGCUCGGAGGGCGGAGGCCUGGGCGUGAGCAUGGUCGAGUACGUACUGAGCUCCUCUCCCGGUGACAAGAUGGAGGGUCGCUACAGGAACGGUGGAUAUGGUGGGGGAGAUGCCGACCAAGACGGGAGAGAGAAGAGCGAUGCCCAAGAGAAGGUGUCCCCCUUUGAGGAGGACAAGAGCCCAGAGAUGAAGGUGGGAGAGGAGAACGAUCCCGCCAAAGCCAACGGAAGAGGUCUUCUAAAUGGCAUGGACAGAGACUGCAAAGACUUCAAUCCAACUCCCGGAAGCCGCCAAGCUUCCCCCACCGAGGCCGUGGAGAGGAUGGGCCCCAGCCAGACAGGGCUGGAGAUGAUGGGACAGCACCACCCCCACGCCCUCCAACAACAGAACCCCGCCCAAAACAAGGUCCCGACCGAGGACUUCCAGAACCAGGAAGCCCAGAACAUGGGGGGCAUGGAGCAGCAGGCCGGCGUGGAGUCCCUACAGUUCGACUACGCUGGGAACCAGAUUCAGGUGGACUCCUCAGGGACUCCAGUAGGACUGUUUGACUACAACUCUCAGCAGCAGUUGUUCCAGCGAUCUAAUACCCUCACUGUUCAACAGCUCACUGCGGCUCAGCAACAACAAUAUGCCCUGGCUGCCGCUCAGCAGCAGCAUCUCGCUGGACUUGCUCCUGCAUUUGUGCCAAACCCUUACAUCAUUAAUGCUGCCCCUCCGGGAACUGAUCCCUACACUGCCGCUGGGCUGGCGGCAGCGGCCACGCUCGCAGGCCCCACAGUUGUUCCACCACAGUACUACGGCGUCCCCUGGGGAGUGUACCCUGCCAAUCUUUUCCAGCAACAGGCUGCAAAUACUGCCAAUCACUCGGCUAAUCAGCAAGCAUCCAAUCAGGGACCAGGCCCAGGCCAACAGGUGAUGCGCCAAGGAACUAACCAGCGACCUCUUACACCUGGGCAAGGACAACAGAGUCAGCAGGAAUCUUUAGCUGCAGCCGCUGCUGCAAACCCUGCAUUGGCAUACGCAGGAAUGUCAGGUUAUCAGGUUUUGGCCCCCGCAGCCUACUACGACCAGACUGGGGCCCUGGUGAUGGGUCCUGGUGCCCGAACCGGUCUGGGUGGCCCAGUUCGUCUAGUCCAGACCCCUCUUCUCAUCAACCCUGCGGCCGCACAAGCUGCAGCUGCAGUGUCGGCAUCUGGCUCUGGUAACAACAUGUCCGGUCCCCCAGCCAACGGACUGUACCGCUCCAUGCCUCAGCCUCAGCCCCAGCCCCAGCAGCAGCAGGCCCCGCCGCCCAGCAGCGGCCUCCCCUCCAGCUCAUUCUACGGCUCCGGGUCGGUCCCCAACACCUCCCAGAGCAGCUCCCUUUUCUCACACACCUCUGCUGCCCCACCACCUCCGAGCUCCUCCCUGGGCUUCAGCAGCACCGGCGGCUCCCUGGGUGUCGGCCUGGGCUCUGCCCUCGGAGGCUUCGGCUCCUCUGUGUCCAGCUCCACCAGUAGUAGUGUGUCUCGCAGGGACUCCCUCUUGGCAAGUUCUGACCUCUACAAGCGAGGGGGCAGCAGUUUAACUCCCAUUGGCCAACCUUUUUACAACAGCCUGGGUUACUCCUCUUCACCCAGCCCCAUCGGCCUCACACCAGGUCACUCCCCACUCACUCCUCCACCUUCUCUGCCCUCCUCUCAUGGAUCCUCUUCCAGCCUUCACCUAGGUGGCCUGACAAAUGGCAGCGGGCGUUACAUUUCUGCGGCUCCCGGAGCCGAGGCCAAAUACCGAAGCGCCGGCGGCACGUCCAGCCUGUUCAACUCCACCAGUCAGCUGUUCCCGCCGUCCCGGCCCCGCUACAGCCGCUCCGACGUCAUGCCGUCCGGACGCAGCCGCCUGCUGGAAGACUUCAGGAACAACCGCUUCCCGAACCUCCAGCUCCGUGACUUGCCAGGGCACAUGGUGGAGUUUUCUCAAGACCAGCAUGGAUCCAGAUUUAUACAACAGAAGCUAGAGAGGGCCACUCCUGCUGAGAGGCAGAUGGUGUUUGGAGAGAUUCUGCAAGCAGCAUACCAACUGAUGACUGAUGUAUUUGGGAACUAUGUCAUCCAAAAGUUCUUUGAGUUUGGAAGUGCAGACCAGAAGCUGGCUUUGGCGACACGCAUUCGUGGACACGUCCUCCCCCUGGCUUUGCAGAUGUAUGGUUGCAGAGUGAUUCAGAAAGCUUUGGAGUCCAUUUCCUCAGACCAGCAGGUAAUUAGCGACAUUGUCCGUGAGUUGGAUGGCCACGUGUUGAAGUGUGUGAAGGACCAGAAUGGAAACCAUGUGGUGCAGAAGUGCAUUGAAUGCGUCCAGCCUCAGGCCCUGCAGUUCAUUAUUGAUGCCUUCCAGGGACAGGUGUUUGUGCUCUCCACUCACCCUUACGGCUGCAGAGUCAUCCAAAGGAUUUUGGAGCACUGCACCCAGGAGCAGACUCUGCCCAUCCUGGAGGAGCUGCAUCAGCACUCUGAACAGCUGGGCCAGAAAUAUCAAGGCGUAUCAUUGGAGAUGACACCCAAAACAUAUUAUACAGUGUCCCGUGAUGCACUGUUCAAGGAUCAGUACGGUAACUACGUCAUCCAGCAUGUUCUGGAGCACGGACGACCCGAAGAUAAGAGCAAGAUAGUGGCAGAGGUUCGUGGGAAGGUGCUCGUCCUGAGUCAGCAUAAGUUUGCAAGUAACGUUGUGGAGAAGUGCGUGAUCCACUCCUCACGCGCGGAGAGAGCUCUGCUGAUCGACGAAGUGUGCUGCCAGAAGGACGGCCCCCACAGCGCCUUGUACACCAUGAUGAAGGACCAGUACGCCAACUACGUUGUCCAAAGAAUGAUCGACAUGGCGGAACCCGCUCAGCGUAAAAUCAUCAUGCACAAGAUCCGGCCUCACAUUGCCACUCUCCGUAAGUACACUUACGGGAAGCACAUUCUGGCCAAGCUAGAGAAGUACUACAUGAAGAGCGGCUCUGAGCUGGGUCCCAUCGGCGGCCCCACGAACGGCCUCAUGUAGUCUGGUCGACAUCCCGAGUCCCCCCCUUACCCC